UGUCGUCAACUAGCACCCUUGUUCGAGAACUACUACCAUAUUACAGCCAUACUAGCUAGUAGUAGUACCCACUCCAACCGAUCAUGUACAUGUACAUACAUGUACAUGUAGAUCUAAACUACUAGUACAAACCUUUCGCAUCCACCCUUAGCAGCAUAUUAGACAUCAUGUCCUCUCAGGAACCUGCCGAACAAGGAGGGCUACCACCAGGCUCUGUGGAACAUGGAUCCUCUAACCAACAAGAGCCACAAGAAGAAGCAGGGCUAGCAGGAGCCGUACUGACCGCUGAUGUGCAGUGGGUGGCUGGGCAGAAUCCGGAUGGAACUGAAGCUGAUGCCAAUGAAAGAAAGAAGAAAAUGAUGUUGAUCAGGGUAUUAUUGUUGCUGCUAGCAUUGUUGGUGAUUCUGGUUAUUGCCAUUCCGCUGGCUGUUAGUGGAGGUGGACAGAAAGAUGAUCCAGCUCUGGAAAUCAGUGCGAUGGAUAAUUCAACGCAAGGUGAAACUUCCGAUCCAGUGCCCACCCAAGUACCAACGCAACCACCAACAAUGGAAAGUGACCUAGAUUUUGAGGUGCUUCUCCCCAAUGCAGACAAUUCUACCUUUGAAUUGAUUUCGUCCGAUCCAUCGUCACCCCAAUUCAAAGCAUUCGAAUGGUUGACUUCUGAUCCCCACCUCCAACGGUACGAAACCUGGCGACGGGAACAGAGAUUUGCUUUGGCUACAUUUUUCCAUGUAUUCGGUGCCCCACUCUUUUGGACAUGGCUGAACUAUGAAAUAGAGGAGUGUGGAUGGGGCGAGAAUGUUAACAAAAUUCACGUGCAUUGCGAUGAUGCUGGUCGUGUCAGGCGAAUUGUUGUGGGAAGAGCCGUCGACAGAGACAUUGUUGUUUUUCGUGGAUCCGUCCCACCAGAGCUCUCAUUGAUCCGUCAGUUGGAAGCAUUGGAAUUGUCGCAUAAUCACCAAAAGGAACUCAUAUUGAGUUGGCUACCACCAA